GUCGCUCAGCGAACCGGAGCUGCCUUCCCGCCGAACAGGGGCCAGUUUCUCCCGGAGCUGAAUGGAGUUUUUUCCGCUGUCGGACUCUGCCUGGGGGCCUAAGCCACAGCCCGCGAGCUCACAUCCACAGGGAGACCCUGUUCAACACGAUGAGAGGACACUGAUUCCCUCUGGCUUGAUCUGCUGACCGGCGACAUGUCCGACCAGAGCUACUACUGGACCGUCCUGCCCAGCUACAAGACCAGCUUCAUGGCUGGAGCGAUGAUGAGGAGGUCGAAGAGUUCCCGUAACAACAAGAGGAGGAGUUUGGCGGUCGGGCCUCCCUCGUCCCCCACGCUGUCACGGCCUCUCUCACCUCUUCACCUCGCAACAGGUGGAAGCAGUCCUUCAGAAAGCCCCAGGAAUAUCUCUGCCAGCACCUCCUCCAACUUCCAGUUCGCCCGAAGCCAGCGGGCCCGCACCGAAAGCAGGGCGGAUGGGCGAAGGUGGUCUGUGGCGUCUGUUCCCUCCUCUGGAUACUGCACCAAUGCACCCAGUUCAUCAGUUUCUUCGUCGUCUUCUCACGAGCUGUUGCACCAGCUGCCAUCUCAGCCCACCCAAGAUGAUCUUCACCUGCUCUUCAAACAUUUCCGGAGCUCUGAGAGCGCGGCGGACGACGAGGGAGCCCAGCCAGUGCACCAUGUCAGGCUCCGCUCCCGCAGCCUCAGCCCUGGGCGGACCUGCGGAACGUUCGACAAUGAGGUUGUCAUGAUGAAUCACGUCUACAAAGAGCGCUUCCCCAAGGCAACUGCUCAGAUGGAGGGUCAGCUGGUCCACAUCAUUUCAGAGUAUUCUCCAGAUACGUCUCUCCCCCUGGCCGACGGCGUGCUGGGAUUCAUUCAGCACCAGCUGGUGGAGCUGGCCAGGGACUGCCUGGACAAGUCCCAGGACGGCCUGGUCACCUCCAGGUACUUCGUGGAGCUGCAGGAAAAGCUGGAGAAACUGCUCCAUGAGGCUUAUGAGCGUUCAGAGAGCGAGGAGGUGACCAUCAUCACCAAGUUGGUGAAGAAGAUCCUCAUCAUCAUCUCCAGGCCUGCCAGACUGCUGGAGUGUUUGGAAUUUGAUCCAGAGGAGUUCUACCAGCGUUUGGAAGCUGCAGAGGGCCAAGCCAAAGUAGGCCAUGGCAUCAAGACCGACCUUCCUAGAUACAUCAUCAGCCAACUGGGCCUCACCAGAGAUCCACUGGAAGAGGUGGUCCAUUUGGAGCAGACCAGCCCGUGUCAGAGAUCAGCCAGCAGGGAGUCCGAUGACUCUGGAGAGGCAACACCUGUGCAGAGCCGAGCAGCUUCCACCCCUCCUUGUCGAAAACCACGCGAGAGUGACUUUGAAACCAUAAAGCUAAUCAGCAACGGCGCCUACGGAGCCGUGUACCUGGUGCGACACAAAGAGACCCGCCAACGCUUCGCCAUGAAGCAGAUCAACAGACAAAACCUGAUCCUCAGGAACCAGAUCCAGCAGGUGUUUGUGGAACGAGACAUUCUCACGUUUGCUGAAAACCCGUUUGUGGUCUCCAUGUUCUGCUCCUUUGAGACCAGGAGGCACCUCUGCAUGGUCAUGGAGUAUGUAGAAGGCGGGGAUUGUGCCAACCUGCUGAAGAACAUCGGCCCCCUCCCUGUGGACAUGGCCAGGAUGUACUUUGCAGAGACGGUGCUCGCCUUGGAAUACCUCCACAACUACGGCAUCGUGCACCGAGAUCUCAAACCAGACAAUUUGUUGAUCACCUCCAUGGGUCACAUUAAGCUGACGGACUUCGGGCUGUCGAAGAUCGGUCUGAUGAACAUGACGACCAACUUGUACGAAGGACACAUCGAAAAGGACACCAGGGAGUUUAUAGACAAACAGGUGUGCGGCACUCCAGAGUAUAUCGCUCCUGAGGUCAUCUUGAGGCAGGGUUAUGGCAAACCAGUGGACUGGUGGGCCAUGGGGAUCAUCCUGUACGAGUUUCUGGUGGGCUGUGUGCCUUUCUUUGGAGACACUCCAGAGCAGCUCUUUGGUCAGGUGGUAAACGAUGACAUCAUCUGGCCUGAAGGUGAAGAUGCUCUGCCAGCCGACGCUCAGGACCUGAUCACCCGACUGCUGAGACAGAACCCUCUGGAGCGUCUGGGAACAGCUGGAACCACAGAGGUGAAGAGUCACAUGUUCUUUUUGGGCCUGGACUGGAACGGCCUCCUGAGGCAGAAAGCAGAGUUCAUACCUCAGCUGGAGUCUGAAGAGGACACCAGCUACUUUGACACACGGUCGGAGCGCUACUGCCAUCUGGGUUCCGAUGACGACGAAACCAACGAUGACGAGUCCAACCUGGAGCUCCGACAGUUCUCCUCAGUCGCUCACCGCUUCAGCAAGGUGUACAGCAGCACAGAACACCUGUCCACGUCCACACCGUCCAAUCAGAGCCUGUCUUCCUCGGAGCGAAGCCACAGCGAGGAGAAGGAGGACCGUUGGGACGGCAGGGGAGGCCUUUCACUGGGAGACGGAUACAAGAACUUGGCCGGUGGAGACAAGAAGGCAGAUGUACCCAGGGGGAGCCUUCGUCCACGUGCCUCCUCCAGCCCGUCGCACCCAGAGCGCGGCGGCAGCGGCCCGCUGGUGAUGAGCAGCACCCAGAGCCUGGAUGUCACGGCUCGCUUCGCCAUCCCCGCUGAGGAGGAAGACGGGAUCGUUUCCAACCUGAGGCGGAUCCGACUGCGCAGCAACAGCACGGGAACCAGGCCCUCGUUCCGUAGAGGGGCGUCCCGGCGGAUCGCUCACCAACUUGAGACCCCAGAGAAACCCAGAUCCCCGUCUGGCAACGUCCCCAAGUCUGCUUCAGUCUCCGGUCUGUCCCUCAUCAUCACCCCAGACGACUCAGCAGUUCCUCCUUUGAGUCCCAAAUCAUCUCUGUCCCUGUCGUCCAACCCCUCGUCCCGGGACUCGUCCCCCAGCCGGGACCUGCCCGUCAGCGUCAGCUGCCUCAGGCCCCCGGUGGUCAUCCACAGCUCGGGCAGGAGGUUUGGCUUUGCCCUGCGAGCCAUCAGGGUGUACAUGGGAGACAGCGACGUCUACACGGUUCACCACAUGGUCUGGUCUGUUGAGGACGGCAGUCCGGCACGCGAGGCGGGGCUGAGGGCCGGCGACCUCAUCACCCACGUCAACGGGGAGUCCGUCCAGGGUCUGGUCCACACCGAGGUGGUGGAGCUUCUGCUAAAGAGCGGCAACAAGGUGACCCUGCAAACAACGGCGCUGGAGAACACGUCCAUCAAGGUGGGCCCCGCCAGGAGGGCCAGCUACAGGGCCAAGAUGGUCAGACGCAGCAAGAAGAGCAAGAAGAAGGACGGUCAGGAGAGCACCAGACGUCGCAUCAUUAAGAAGCUGUCCAAGCAUACGGCUCCCCCCCCGAUGCAGAACAGCCGUAGCUUCUCCUCUGGCUUCCCGCAGUCGUCCAGCGACAGCCUCUCCGGUUCCCCCACACACAGCCUGUCCCCCGGGCCGUCCACGCCGUGUCGCUCCCCCGCGCCGGACCACUCUGGAGAUUCUAGUUCGUCUCCUUGCUCCAGUUCUCCCAACUCUCCGGUACCGCAGGCUCGUCCCAGCUCCCUCCACGUCCACGGCCGUUACGCCAAGGCAGGGCGCUGCAAGUCCACCAGCAGCAUCCCUCCGUCCCCUCUGGCCUGUAUCCCUCCGCCGCAGCCCCCGUCCCCUCAGUGCUCCCCUUCCUGUCUCCAGAAUCACCCUAAAUCCCUGCAGGGCUUCCACGGGAAGACGUCGUCCCCUCCCACCGUCGCCCGUCACUCGGUGCGCCCCCGCAGCGUAGAGCCGCCGCGCUCGCCCUUGCUCAAGAGGGUACAGUCAGCGGAGAAGCUGACUGGAGACAAAACGGGUAAGGGGAGUUACCACGGCGACAGGAAGGCGUACAACACCCGCCGGCACACCAUGGAGAUGCCGCUGUCUGAGGGGGAGGGACUGGAGGACGAGGAGGGAGACGCCGGCACCAGGUUCGUCUGUGUGGGGGAGCACGGUCGCCAGGGGCUGAGCCUCGGGGGGCAGAAAGAAACCCACGACCCCGUAGGCGGCGGCGGCAACCACCAGCGGGCGUCGGGCUCUCCUCAGCACCGCGGCGGCCACCCGAAGGAGGCGGUGAGGAAGCUGGCUCUGUCGGAGCGCAGGGAGUCGUUCAAGAAGCAGGGUGCCGUGCAGCAGCUGAACUUCGACCUGGAGGAGACGGCGAAGCCGGAGGCGUCCAGGGUGUCCUGGAUCAACCCCUCCCAGCCCGAACCCAGCAGGAGGCCAGAAGAAGGCGGAGCUCAGAGCGCCGCUCAGAGCGCCGCUCAGCCCAAAGCGAAGUGUAAAGGAAAAGAAGGGCUUUAGAUCCAACAAACGACGCAUGAAUCCAGAAGGAGAAACAUCAUCCUGAAGUCGUCAUCAUCCUCAGCUCUUUACCUCCUCUCCUCAGAUCACUGUGGCGCCAGAAGUAGUCUGUAAAUAUUUUAGUUCAUUUGCAGGAACUGAUAUUUAUGGCCUUUUAGGCUUUUUUCUUUUUUUUUUUUUAAGACCUGUGAUGCUUCAGACGGAAAAAAUGGGACAGAGUAGUUUGACAUAGUACUUCCCAACAAAUAUAUUCUGUGUUCGACUGUGGCCGUUAGUCCUGGACACCGUGUAUGAAUCGGUGCUCCGCAUCACUCGCUGGGUUUUAAGCCCAAAAGAGGAACUCCUCCUCCUCCUCCUCCUCCUCCUGCCGUCAGAGCUGAAACUCCUGCAGGAAAGACAGGAUGGCGUGGGAACUGUUAAUGCUUCCAGUCUGCUUCUCAUGCAUCAACGCAACAAGCAAAGGUAUGGAGGGAAAGUUGCUCCAAUAUUUCUGAACACAACAAAAAAUUAAAAAUUUGAAGAAAAUAUUUUUCAAAAAUGGAAAUGUUAAGG